CUGAGAGAAAGAGAGAGAGAUAGGCCGUCCCUUUUUGUCUUGAAGAUAGUGCAGCCCUCCCCUGAGCAGCAGCAGCCUGAUUGCUUCUAGUCUGCCUGCUUGUUUGGUAUGCAUGAGCACAGCUGCACCAAAAGAGGGGAGGCAGCUUUCUUGAGGUUGAUCAGAUGCUGGAAGCAAUUGUACUUUGCCACCAUUGAAGUACUGGGAAGUGCCAGUUCUCUAGUACUGAAGAGAGGGGGCUGUUGUUGGCUACUAUGGUCAUGGGGAUUUGAGUGGACAAAAAGAGACCAGCCUAACACUUUUGGCAAACCAGGUUCACAAAGUGGGAUUUAAAAAAGGGGGUAAUGAUUCAGCCGGAUGCUCCCCGGCCUCUGAACUGGACCAUUCGGAAGCUGUGCCAUGCAGCUUUUCUUCCAUCAGUCCGACUUCUAAAGGCACAGAAAUCUUGGAUCGAGAGAGCAUUUAGCAAGAGAGAAUGUGUUCAUAUCAUAGUGAGCACAAAAGACCACCAUAGGUGCUGCUGCGGACGUCUCAUAGGUCAACAUGUUGGACUGCCUUCAAGCAUCUCAACCAGUCAGAAUGAGAACAGUGACAACCAGUCAGAAAAAUGGUCAAUUAGCAAGCACACGCAGCUCAGCCCUACGGAUGCUUUUGGAACCAUUGAAUUCCAAGGAGGAGGGCACUCAAAUAAAGCUAUGUAUGUCCGUGUUUCCUAUGAUACGAAGCCUGACCUCCUAUUGCAUCUGAUGACAAAAGAGUGGCAGCUAGAUCUUCCCAAACUUCUGAUCUCAGUCCAUGGGGGCCUGCAGAACUUUGAACUCCAGCCAAAACUCAAGCAGGUCUUUGGAAAAGGCUUGAUUAAAGCAGCUAUGACAACAGGGGCUUGGAUCUUCACCGGAGGAGUGAACACAGGAGUGAUUCGCCAUGUGGGGGAUGCAUUAAAAGACCAUGCAUCAAAAUCAAGAGGGAAGAUCUGCACCAUCGGCAUCGCUCCUUGGGGUAUAGUGGAAAACCAGGAAGAUCUCAUUGGAAAAGAUGUGGUCAGACCCUACCAGACCAUGUCCAACCCCUUGAGCAAGCUGACUGUGUUAAACAGCAUGCACUCCCACUUCAUACUGGCCGACAAUGGAACGACAGGAAAAUAUGGGGCUGAGGUGAAGCUGCGCAGACAGCUGGAGAAGCACAUCUCACUACAGAAGAUUAACACCAGAAUUGGACAAGGGGUUCCGGUGGUUGCUCUUAUUGUGGAAGGAGGUCCUAACGUCAUCUCCAUUGUGCUGGAGUAUCUGAGAGACACUCCUCCUGUGCCUGUGGUUGUCUGUGAUGGCAGCGGGCGUGCUUCCGACAUCCUUGCGUUCGGGCACAAAUACUCUGAGGAUGGAGGGGUCAUCAACGAGUCUCUGAGGGACCAGCUACUGGUCACAAUCCAGAAGACCUUUAACUACAGCCGUACCCAGGCCCAGCACCUCUUCAUAAUACUGAUGGAGUGCAUGAAGAAUAAAGAGCUGAUCACUGUAUUUCGAAUGGGAUCAGAAGGACAUCAAGACAUUGACUUAGCCAUCCUGACAGCUCUUCUGAAAGGAGCCAAUGCUUCAGCACCAGAUCAGCUGAGCUUAGCCUUGGCGUGGAAUAGAGUUGACAUUGCACGGAGUCAGAUCUUUAUUUAUGGACAGCAAUGGCCGGUGGGUUCCCUGGAGCAAUCCAUGCUGGACGCUCUGGUGCUGGACAGAGUGGACUUUGUCAAGCUGCUGAUAGAGAACGGGGUCAGCAUGCAUCGCUUCCUCACCCUCUCCAGACUGGAGGAGCUGUACAACACGAGACAUGGUCCAUCAAACACUUUGUACCAUCUUGUCAGAGAUGUCAAAAAGGGGAACCUUCCUCCAGAUUACCGCAUCAGUCUGAUAGACAUUGGCCUUGUGAUCGAGUACUUGAUGGGUGGAGCAUAUCGCUGCAACUACACAAGGAAGAGGUUUAGAACUCUCUAUCACAAUCUCUUUGGGCCCAAGAGGCCGAAAGCUCUAAAACUACUAGGAAUGGAGGAUGACAUGCCUAUGAGAAGAGACAGGCAGAAGACUACCAGGAAGGGAGAAGAGGAGGUGGACAUUGACUUGGAUGACCCAGAGAUUAACCACUUCCCCUUUCCCUUCCACGAGCUCAUGGUGUGGGCUGUGUUGAUGAAGCGGCAAAAGAUGGCCCAGUUCUUCUGGCAGCAUGGUGAGGAGGCCAUGGCCAAGGCCCUGGUGGCAUGUAAGCUGUGCAAAGCCAUGGCGCACGAGGCAUCAGAGAAUGAUAUGGUAGAUGACAUAUCACAGGAGCUGAACUACAAUUCCAGGGAGUUUGCUCAGUUGGCAGUGGAGCUGUUGGACCAGUCCUACAAACAGGAUGAGCAGUUGGCCAUGAAACUGUUGACUUAUGAGCUGAAGAACUGGAGCAAUGCCACCUGCCUCCAGCUGGCUGUGGCAGCCAAGCACAGGGACUUCAUCGCCCACACCUGCAGCCAGAUGCUGCUCACAGAUAUGUGGAUGGGGAGACUGCGCAUGAGGAAAAACUCUGGACUGAAGGUCAUCCUUGGACUGUUGUUGCCACCCUCGAUCCUGAACCUGGAGUUCAAGAACAAGGAUGAGAUGUCAUACGUGCCCCAGGAUCAAGAGGCCUACCUCCAGGAGAAGGAGACAGAGGAGACUGAGAAGCCAGUGAAGGAGAAGGAAGAAGAGGACAUGGAGUUCACAGUAAGAUCAUACUGUGGGACGAAGUACAACUCCGUGGCAAUGCUGGGAAAAGUAAAUAAGGAGUCUUCCAGAAAAAAAGUUGUAGAGGAUGUCCAGAGCAGGCAAAGGCUAAUACCCUUUGGAAGAAAAAUCUAUGAGUUUUACAAUGCGCCCAUUGUCAAGUUUUGUUUUCAUACUAUGGCAUACGUUGGCUACUUGAUGCUGUACAACUACAUUGUUCUUGUGAAGAUGGACAUUUGGCCUUCUUCUCAGGAGUGGAUUGUUAUUGCCUACAUUUUUACACUGGGAAUAGAGAAGAUGAGAGAGAUCCUCAUGUCUGAGCCUGGGAAGCUGUUGCAGAAAGUGAAGGUGUGGCUGCAGGAGUACUGGAACAUCACUGACCUCAUGGCUAUUCUUCUGUUCUCUGUGGGGUUGGUGCUGCGACUACAAGAACCCCCUUUCAUGAGCUAUGGCAGAGUCAUCUACUGUGUCAACAUCAUUUACUGGUACAUUCGUUUGCUGGACAUUUUUGGAGUCAAUAAGUAUUUGGGUCCCUAUGUCAUGAUGAUAGGAAAGAUGAUGAUCGAUAUGAUGUAUUUUGUCAUCAUUAUGCUGGUGGUCUUGAUGAGUUUUGGAGUUGCACGGCAAGCAAUUCUCAAUCCCAACGAGGACCCCUCCUGGAUGCUGGCAAGGAAUAUAUUCUACAUGCCCUACUGGAUGAUCUAUGGAGAAGUGUUUGCAGACCAGAUAGACCCUCCAUGUGGACAGAACAUAACUAGUGAGGAUGGUAGUAUAGUGGAGCUGCCUCCUUGUAAAACAGGAGCAUGGAUCGUUCCAGCCAUCAUGGCGUGUUACCUCUUAGUGGCAAACAUCCUUUUGGUUAACCUUUUAAUAGCUGUGUUCAAUAAUACCUUUUUUGAAGUCAAAUCCAUAUCCAAUCAGGUGUGGAAGUUUCAGAGGUAUCAGCUCAUCAUGACGUUCCACGAAAGGCCUGUUUUGCCACCCCCACUGAUCAUCUUCAGUCACAUGACAAUGGUAUGCCAACAUCUGUGCUGCCGCUGGAGGAAGCAUGAGGAUCAAGACGAGAGGGAUUAUGGACUGAAAUUGUUCAUCACAGAGGACGAACUCAAGAAGGUGCAUGACUUUGAAGAGCAGUGUAUUGAGGAGUACUUCAGAGAAAAGGACGACCUGUUUAACUCUUCAAAUGAUGAAAGAAUCAGAGUCACGUCUGAGAGAGUUGAGAACAUGGCCAUGCGUUUGGAAGAGGUCAACGAACGUGAACACUUUAUGAAGGCCUCCCUUCAGACGGUGGACACACGGCUCGCUCAAAUGGAGGAGAUAAUUGGGCGCAUGGCAACAGCCCUGGAAAAAGUGGCUGGUGUCGAAAGAGGUGAAAUCAACAAGACAAGGUCAAGAACUUCCUCAGAUUGCACUGACACUGCCUACAUUAUCAGACAGAGCAGCUUCAACAGCCAAGAAGGGAAUUCCUACAAAAUCCAGGAAACCAUUGAACAAACCGGAGAGGAAUCCAUGUCUCCCACCUCACCCACUAUCAUGCCUCGCAUGAGAAGCCACUCGUUCUAUGCUGUGGGCACGAAAGACAGGAGCCGGGUGGAGAAAAUAGGCUCUUUUAAAGAGAGAUCCUUAAGCUUACACAGAGCUAACAGCUCACAGUCAAUAGCUGCUCAGAAAGAACCAAGGCAGAUACCACUGCCUAUAAACACGUUGGCUGUCACCCAUGACUCCAAAAGGCCUUCUUCUUGCAUAGACAUUUAUGUCUCAUCUUCAGAUGAGUUCCACCCCACACAAGAAACUGAGGAGGGCGCAAUGAAGGUCUCAAUUAAUAGGGAUCCAUCUUUGCACUCAGAAAUCAUGGCUGCAGUUUUGGGAAGCCAGAGCUACAGCACAGCAGCUGACAAAUGCUCUGAGGGGACUGAGAUCUUUGAAGAUAGUGCUGCGUUGGACCUUUCAAUGUGCAUCUCUGGUUCUUCCCAUGCCACAGAGAGUCAGCAGCAGUGGAACUUAGAUCCACCCCAACACCUAGAGCGGUCGAAAAGUAGCCGGUACCUUUCUGCAUCUCCAGUCUACCUUGAUGACAUGUCAAUGGUGAAAUCCCACAGUUUAAUGUUCACUCCUACAAGAGGAUAUUACGGUGGCAUUAGCGUUCAGGUCAAAGCGGCAGAGUACACCAGUAUUACUGACUGUAUAGACACCCGGUGUGUCUCUACUUCUCAGAGCUGUGCAGAGCGCUCUGCCUCCCCUGGCGGGUCUUUCUGCGAGAAACCCGAAGAUAUGGGUAUUUCUCACCCAGAGAGGGAAGCAGAGUUAACUCAUCCAGGUUCAGACACUGAGGACACUGAAGGUGACCCCAAGAAAAGGAUUCUAUUGGGCUGCCAGGGAACUUCUGUAACCGGGACCCUGUCCAGGCUGGAGCGAGUAAAUAGCUGCUCAAUAGAAGAUCCACAUGGGAUGAACACACACACAAAGAAAAGCUUUUCUAUCAGUGAUAAACUGGACAGGCAAAGAAACUCCCGAAAUCCCUUCCUGAGGAGCAAGUCAGCAAAGCCAGAAGGGAAGACAGACAGUUUGUCAAUGAGAAAGCUGACAAAGAUGUCAGCCUUCCGUAGUUUUGACAGUAGGCAGAAUUUUGCAUAACUGAGUGCUUCCUUACAUGCUCUCUAAUUCUGCAAUAUGGGAUUAAAUAAUGUGAUAUCUACUCUUUAGGUGUAUUAGCUUGAUGUGUCAUCAAAUACUUUUUAUCAAUGGUGCUCUAAGGCUGCAUUCACAGUGGGUCAGUUUCAAGUGGACUCGUCUGGUUUGUUUAGUUUGAAACAUCGUAUCAAUGUGCUUGCUGUUCACACUUCUCUUUUGUGUUCACAAUGCAGUUUGCAUGUGCACUCGGCUUGUUUAAAUGGUGUGUGAACCGGAUGUUUACAAUAUCCUGCAAGGUAUAUUGAAAGAUGGCAGCUAUUGAUAUAUUGCUCCGGUUUUUAAUAUAGCAUGUUUUACAUAUUGCUGUGGAAAAAAGCACUGGGGAGGACUUUGCUAAUUUAAUGAAUAGAUUUCUUGAAUGUCUACAGUAUAGAACUCAGUUUACACAAUUCUGCACGGUUCUCCUAAUGUCGGCAUUAAACAAAGUAAUUUGAGAAAAGAUUGAAUAUAUUUGAUUAUUUUUGUGAGCAUUGUCCAGUUUGGCUUGGAUUUUGGUGUCUGACCAAAUUUCUAUCAGAGCUUAAAUUAUUCAUACUGUCCAUGUAGUUUAGGGUUACCAGAUUUCCAGAGUGAAAAACUGGAACUUCUUUUUUCUUCAAUUCACUGUCACCGUAGCAACUCUGAAGCCGUUAAAUACCAGUAUAUAAUAACAAUGAUAGUUUACAAAUUAAACAGCGGGUGAAUUAAUUGCAGAUCAUAACAAAUCGUUGUUUUCUUUACACUGUCAUCUUGUCAAAACAUGUUAAAUGUACAAAAAGACAGAUUUAAAAAUCCAGAAAAUUGUUUAUUUUAUUUUUGGAUGACACACAACCUACAUUACUCUGCUAUUAACUUGCUGAGAACAACGGUACAGUUUUGUACUUUAAAAAAAAACCAAAAAUGAGUGUUGAAAACUGUGACAAUCCCAGUUUUCCCAGGAUGGCUGGCAACCCUAAUGUAGUUUCCCGAUAUAUUUUAGUUUUUUUCUCUACUUGUUUCCUCAGAAUAUGAACUAAACAACGAGCAAAAUGUUUACUUCUGAGUCAGGUUACCUUGUAUAGUUCGUUUCCUAUGUGCAAAAGUCCAGCAGUUGUUCACAUUGACAUUUGGUUUAUCAAGCGAACCAGACUCGGUGCGGUUGCCAAACGGAUCAACACAACCUCUUUAGGUGGACUUGGUACGGUUCGCUUCCCAAGCAGACUUUGUUGUUCACACCACACCAAGUGCGGACCAAACCCUCUAAACGGAUCCAGUGUGAACACAGCCUUAAAGUAUGGAUGGGUAAAUUCCAAAUGUAUUUAUUUAUUUAUUUAUUUAUUUAUUUAUUCAUUCAAAUGUAUUAUCUCAAAGGGUCUAACACUGCUCACAGGGCCAAAAGUAUAACUUCACUUUGGGCCUCUUUGGAAUUAAGAACUCCCUGGAUAACAGUAUGAUUCAUCUUACUAUUGUUUUUCCUUUAUUAAGUCAGCAUUUCAGAAUAAAAAGUAUCCUUGCCCUUUCUGACAUCACCUGAUGCCAAGUUACUGAUCAAUAUCUUAAUGUUAUCCUGAAUUGAUUUUAUUGUGGCUCCCUGUAGGUGAGGAAUCCUUAGCUUGCAGGUACCACAAGUUGAUAAUUACAGUUCUUCUUGUGAGUGAUUUGUGCUUUGUGCUUUGCAGUUACUAAGGGACAUAAACCCAAAGUAGCAUACAAGACACAGGGUCAGCUGUACUGUACAUCUUUAAAGGUAUGAAAUAUCGUAACUAACAUAUUGUUCUUGUUAUUUGGAUGCACUUUGAAUUAGUUUCAGUCAUCACAUCCUGGGAUGUUUUUAAACUCAGAAGUUUAAAGCAUCCCUUUGUCCUUAAGAGGAGCUCUCGGAAUCUAUAUUUCAAGAACAAUGUUUAAUCAGUAGCUUGUUCUUCUGUAACACUCUAGUGGAUGUAAGGACUUUAAAGCAAUUUUGUAUUGGUUUUCUUGAAGUACCUGAUGUACUUUGAAUAUAUACAUGAAUCUAAGAGCUCUCUUAAGGCCACAUGAAUGCAUUGAAUUUCUCAGUUUCAAAAAAUCACCGGCUUGUGAUGACUGGAACAGAAAAUUUUACAAAAUUAAUUUCUCAUACCAAUUAGUUGUUUAAAGUAUUAUGAAAUUACUGUUUGUUAAAAGAAGAGCACGUAAUGAAUAUUGUAUUAUUUUUAAAACAGACCAAGCACUUUUGUGACCGGGCCUACUCCUGUUGUAUUUUUAGCCCCUCCGUAGUGCCUUUAAAUGCAUGCAUGAAAGACACUUUCUACAAUAUAUUUGAAUUAUUUUACAGGUAUAUGUGUACAAAUUGAUAUAACAUCUGGUAUAGAAGGGGUUGAUUUUAACCAUAUUUACUUUAAAACUACAUUGAACAUACACAUUAAUUUACAAACCCUGUUACAUUCAGUAGUCAUUAACCUACAGUUUCAUAGUCCCAUAUCUGCUGAAUAUUAUACAUCUCUGGCCCUCUAGAAAUAUAAAUAAUAACAACACUGGUAACUUAUUUCAAGAUACAUAAUGGCAGCAGAAGAGUUCUAAAUGUGAUAUUUCAUUCCUGCCACAAGUUGCAUAUUUUCUUUAUAAUCCUCUAUAAAUCCACUAUACUCGCUCAUCCCACAUAAAAUCAAAUUUAAGCCAUUACUCAGUUGGAAUUUGGAACAAUAUCAUUCCAUACAAUUCUGUAUAUCUGGAUGUUCACUGGGCAAUACACUUUCAGAGUACUGUAGUUUAUAAUCUUCAUCAGGCUACCCCCAUAGUAGAGAUGUGAAUGUAGUGCAAUCAACCAUGUAUUUAAUGACCACAAGUGCACAACUAUUUUAAAAUAUAUAUAUAUUUUAAAAAUGUAUUAAAUAAAACAUCAGUAAAAGGGAACUAGCUGCUCCACAAAUGGAAUAGUGAGCACGCUGACGAAAUGAUUAAAUCUACAGAAGAAUUGACAGUGACAACAAGCCUACUCACUCUUUUUUCAAUUCCAGUAAACAUUACAUUGACGAUAAAACAAUUUGCUAAAACAAUAAAAGUGACCAGAUAUAUAAUAUAAUGUUUACAAUAAAAUACUUUGCCAAAAGCAAAGAGUGCUUAAAAGAGGUCAAUAACAUGGGGGUUUGGGGCAUUGAGUGCUUUUUGAGGUUUCUUAUUAAUUAUUUUUAUUCUUUCACAAGAAACCGUUGAACCGCAAAAAACUAAAGCCUGUAAAGACUGCCAGGUCUCCAUGGCAGGGUAUAUUUAAGAGUCACCAAGGAAAGGUGUCCUGACUUGGCCAGGAGGACUGUUUUAUUUUUAUUUGGCAAAACAAUUUUAAAGCGUGACCUAACAUAUCAGGGGUGCAAAUUUGGCACUAUGGCGCUAGAUUCUAGUGUACAUGUAUAUAGUAUUUCUUUGUGAGUUAGGGUAAUAUUCCACAUUAUAGGUGCACACACCUAAGUUAUUUCUAAAAAGUGCAGAAUUAAAAAUGAAUCCGGGCCUAGCAUUUUCAGCCGUUUUAAGCACUGAACAGAACAUAUCUUGCAAAAGCAAAAGUUCCAACAUUCCAUAGCAUUUCUAGUGUAAAAGUGUUUUAUUAUAUCUAAAAUUAAUUUUGAUUUUUAAAUAACAGAUAGAUAUAUGUAAGUGGCUGUUUUUUUUUGUUUUUGUUUUUUUUUUAAAGAAAAAUGGAGAAGUGUAAUUUGCAUUUUUUCUGCAUGGUCUUCCAAACUUACUGUUGGGGCAGAGUGGUUCUCUGUUACUUCUUCCUGCCCACAUCAACUGUUUCCCGAAUACUUUGGACCUGGUAUUAGUUUAGACAAAACAAUCUUUCCCCCAAACCUAAAUUAAACACACCUAGCAGUCAUCUCCUGUCCCUUAAGCAGAGCCCAGUUGAGUCCUCUAUGUGGACAUGCAAUACAUAAUCAUUGGAAAUGUAAUUCUCGGUUGCUUAUGUGUUAAGAACUUUAUUUUGAACAAAAUGAAUUCGACUUUGGGGAACAAUAUAUCCACCCUUUGUAAGGAGCCCUGUCUGAUUUAUGUAUUUUGCCCUUUGUACCUCCUUUAUCUAUUGCAUAUGCAAACUGCCUUUAGUUGACUAGCUGGUACUAAUAGUCAAACAGUAACCAAUGAGUUAAUAGAUAGCUGACUAUUUUAUAGAAACAGAAGCUGAUCAUUUAAAUAUGUGAGGGUACAAACUUCUUAAAGAUACAGUAUCAUAGUUUAAUCUCCAUAGACUUGUACAUUUCAAUUAUAAACAAUUUUACCUUAACUGGAAAAGUUUUUGAGCUGUGUUUUACUGUUCUCUCGUUUUCCCAUUAUAGAGAAACCCACCUCCUGCUGGGUUAACUGAGCAAAUCCUUUUAGAGAAACCCACCUCCUGCUAGUUAUAAAAAUCAACAAAUUGUCUGUUUUCAAGACCUGUGGUCCUGACCACAUGAGAAUAAAAGGAUAGCUAUAGGCUAAAAUAAAAUAUAACUGAUAAUGUCUAGUCUAUACAUAUACCAGGACUGCAGCAAAACAUAUUAGCAUACCACCAAGCUUUGGCAUAGAUCAGAGUUGUCCGAAGCAUUUCAUAAUGCCGAAACAUUACUGAAAGUUAUUCCAAGUAAUCCAGGAAGAUAGGAAGCAGCACAGCAAGGUCCAAUACAUCUUACAGGUAUUGUUAUAACAUAGGGACAUGAUACUAGCUAUUUGUUUAUUCAUAGUCGACUUCUAAGCUGUUUGGAAAAGGAUAGUGCAGGUUGCAGCGUUUAAAAAAACAGGAAACUCAAAUGAUGCCAAAGUCAACUAGUAUAUUAUUGACUACUCCUCCAAUCAACUAAUUAUCAACCACUUGUAGCUCAACUUUGUUGUCAUUACUCCACCAGGACCUUUGACUUUUGUGAGUGAUGGUCUAUUACCUCCUCCUUUGAGACAAGUGUUUUAGUUUAUACGUGCUUCAUUCUAUAGGCAUGAAAUAGUGCAUUCCAUUGAAGCGACAUGCCUACUACCUUACAAGCAUUGCAUACAUCUGUGCACUUGAACAUUGUUUCAAACAUACUGAGCUGGUAAGCGGAGUUCCCUCUAUAUCCUUCAACAGUGGUUAGUUUCAGGUUCUUUUGUUCAAAAAAUAGCUUAGUAUAGAAACAUUCCAAAAUCACUAUAAAUGGUAUCUAAAAAACUGUUGUGUCAGUUGUAUUUGAUGUUGAAAGUAAUGUGUGAAAAUAUGUAAGAAGCAUGAAAGGUGAGCAACAUUACUACAGAACCACAAAGUAUGGUUUAAUGUUGAUACCAAACAUUGGUAACGCGUGGGUGGUUGUCAGCAAAUAUUAUAUGCUUAAACUUCAAACAGUGUACAGUAUUUUAUAAAUAUUUUAAUAUACCAUACAGUUUUGUGAAAUAUAUAUAUAUAUAUAAAUAUUGUCAAGUUUAAUAUGGUUGGUAAACACUUGUAUGCUAGUACUGAGUCAAAGCACACAAGCUUUUGCAAUAAUAGUGUAGUUUUAACUAAAGACAAUUAUCUUCCAGAAAUCACACAUUAGUUUGGGUCUGAUAAUGCAUGCAGUUCUUUAAUGAGGUUAUAAUGCAUUCUGUGUAAGAGUUAGACACAUGUUUUAGAUCAAAAGCUCUUUAUUACGGUCCCUUUUAAAAUAAAUAAAUCAGUAAUUAAAUAAUAUUAAUAAUAAUAAUAAUUUUGAUACUGGUAUGAAAAGUAGUAGAGGUGAGAGGUAGGGCAAAAAUGAAUGUUAUAAAUGAUUUUUCCCAAGGUAUUCAACAGCAGUUGAAUGUACAGUGGAUGCUGUUAUUAAUGUUACAAUUACUAAUACAUGGAUUUUUUAAUUAGGGAAACUUAUGUAAAUGUUUGACAUGGUUCAUAUUCUGACCUGUAAUUGAAGUAACAAGAAAACACUUUAAAAUGCAUCAGUAACAGAACUGUGAACAUGAUAACCACAUAACUUCUUGUAGUUAUGUUAGCUAAGUAUAAGUUGCAUUUUAAGAUUCCAUGACUGGCUAUACAUCAUGCUGCUACCUUGUACAAUUGUCCAAUUUACACCUCUCAGUCAUAUUUUUAUAUAUGUUGGCCAGACAAAAUGGUGCCCAGGUACGCUCUAUAAACUGGCUGUAUAUACUUUUAAAACCAAGUAAUGUUACUUUAAGUAGUAAAUUUGUCAAUUAUUUUAAAGUGUAGUUACGGUGGCUUGUAAAUGCGGUCCAAUUUUGUCAUGCUGUCCCCUGCUAACUAAUUACUCAUUGUCUUGCCAUUGCCUUACAUGUGUAAGUAGUAAGUAGUAGAUAUCUCUGUUGAAUAUAAAUUUAGCACCACUUCAAUUAUUGAUGUCAGACAAUUAGCAUUACAGCUCUUUCAUUUCUUGCAUAGCUUUUUUUAAACUAAUCUGUGUUCAAUUUACAAAACCUCCCCCUUGCUCUAUUAUAAGUGUGUCACGUUGCAUGAGAUUCUGUUCAUAAUGUUAUUAAUAAUGAUGUUGAAGUAAAUGCAUUUCACUCGGAUAAUGAAGAUAUUUUUAAAUCCUCCUUCAUUGUACUUGAAAUAAUAAUAAAAAAAUGUUGUGUUCAUUUUUUUUUUUAAAGUAAUAUAAAUAAAACCUUUGUUAAAAAAUGAGACUAUCAUGUUGUACCAGAUUCAGAAUUUACUCAACUGUGGCCCCCACUUUCAACUUUUGUUAACCUGUGGUAUGUUAUCUGUAUCUGGAGAAUUGCCAAGCAUGCAUCUGUACAUACAGCAUGUAUUGAUUUCUGCUGAGCUAUGGUUUUCUGUUACAUUUGGUUGAGCAACUCAAGAAUAAAGU